UGCGGCUGCGCACUGCCAUCCUCGACCCUCGCGCCCGGGCGGCUGGCGGCGAGCAGCGGCUUGCAGCACGCGGAGGCUCAAGGCGGAGCCCAGCUGGCUGGGGCGGGCCAGGCGCUCAGGCUCCGCCUCCAGGGCCCAGCCACCAUGGCAGAGACUGAGAUCUCAGUCCCUUCUGAGCAGUUCACCAAAAUCAAAGAACUGGAGUUAAUGCCAGAAGUCCUGGAGGAGAAGGCCGAGGAAGAUGGCGUGUGCACAGUGAUGGAGGGCCCGAGACCUGGCGAGUUGGAGGCCCAGUGCACCUAUGAGGCCCUCCAGGCGAAGAUGCUGGAGGGAGGGCAGGAGCUGGUGCUGGUCCCCACAGAGGAGAGCCAGAAGCAAAUUCUGACCCUGCAGACGGUGCACUUCGUCUCUGAAGAUGUGGAGCUGCAGGACAUCAGCUGGCUGGCCCCUGAGCACCAAGAAGGGGUGCAGGUGGUGGUGCAGCAGGCCGGCAGCGGGCUCCAGCCGCUGCUGUGGCUUGAAGAGGGGUCCCUGCAGAGCCUGCACCAGUGCCUGGCCGUCAGUGGCCAAGAAGAGGUGUACGCCCUGCAAGAGAUGCAGGCGGUGCAGGUGCACGUUCUGGAGGGGAACGCGGCCGCAGUCGGCGGGGACAGUGAGUUUGUGGUGAGCCUGGCUGAAAACACUGGCCUGAUUAAGCUUGAGAAAGGUCUGGAGGAAGCCCAGCUGGUGGCUGAAGGAGGGUUCAGCGGCGGAACAGAAGAGCAGCUCUUUCUCUUGGAAGCUGGGCCGGGCAAUGAAGGAAGAGAAGAAAUUAUUCUGACGAUGUCACGCUUAAACGUGGAGGAACAAGAAGAUAAACCUGCAUCUGAUCCAGCGUGUGUUGAAAAAGCCACCUCUCCAAAAGAUCACAAAAAGGCAAAGGGAGGAGAACGAACCUUCCAGUGUGACGUCUGUGGGUUCACCUCUUCUAGAAUCUCGAGUUUUAACCGUCACAAGAAAACUCACAGCAAUGAGAAGCCCCACACGUGCCACCUGUGCCUGAAGGCCUUCCGCAGUGUGACCCUUCUGCGGAACCACGUCAACACCCACACGGGAACCAAGCCCUACAAGUGUGGCGACUGUGACAUGGCGUUUGUCACCAGUGGAGAACUUGUCCGACACAGACGUUAUAAACACACUCACGAGAAACCCUUUAAAUGCUCCAUGUGCAAGUACGCCAGCGUGGAAGCGAGCAAGCUGACACGGCACAUCCGCUCGCACACGGGGGAGCGGCCCUUCCAGUGCGGCCUCUGCAGCUACGCCAGCAAGGACACCUACAAGCUGAAGCGGCACGUGCGGACGCACUCAGGCGAGAAGCCCUACGAAUGCCACGUCUGCCACGCACGCUUCACCCAGAGUGGCACCAUGAAGACACACGUCCUGCAGAAGCACAGCGAGAACGUCCCCAAAUACCAGUGUCCGCACUGUGCCACCAUCAUUGCGAGGAAGAGCGACCUGCGGGUCCACCUGCGCAACCUGCACACUUACAAAGCCACGGAGAUGAAGUGCCGCCACUGUUCUGCCGUCUUCCACGAACGCUACGCCCUCAUUCAGCACCAGAAGACCCACAAGAACGAGAAGAGGUUCCAGUGCAAGCACUGCAGUUACUCCUGCAAGCAGGAACGGCACCUGACGGUUCACACGCGCACCCACACUGGAGAGAAGCCGUUUGCCUGCCUUUCCUGCAAUAAGUGUUUCCGACAGAAGCAGCUUCUAAACGUUCACUUCAAGAAGCACCAUGACACAGAUUUCAUCCCAACUGUCUACGAAUGCCCCAAGUGUGGCAGAGGCUUUUCUCGCUGGACUAACAUGCGAAAACACUCGGAGAAGUGUGAACCGGGGCAAGAAAAGUCGGCCACCUCGGGAGAAGGACGAAGAAUGAGAAGGAGAAAGCCGGCUGUCCCGAAGGAGGCGGGAAAGGAAGACGAAGCUGCUGCUGAGGAGGCUUCCGCUGCGCAGGGAGGACAGUCCCCAGGAGAGGCGGCUCCCGUCGAGCCCGGAGAAACCACGGCGGGAACCGAGGACCUGGACGAAGACGUGACCUGCGAGAUGAUCCUGGACAUGAUGGACAAGCUGUAGAGAUGCAAGUUUCGUUUUGAUGGCGCUUAACUCUUAAUGCAGGUUAGAAGUUUCAGCAUCUUCUUUGAAUUGUUUCUUUGAAACAAUUAGGUUCAUGACAAGGGAUGGUCACAAUUUUUCCAAAGUUCGAGGGAAUGCCUAGAAUUAUUUACCUAUUUUUUGACUGAAUAUUUCAAAAAACAUUGCAAGUAUUUUACAAAAGGCCCAAAUCUUGAAUUGGAGGAUAAAACCUCAAACCUAUGAAUUUGUUCCCCUGCUGUUGGCAAGAUGGCCCCCAAUAACCAGCAGUGAUUUUUGGAUCAUAAUUAUCUCGAUUGCGGUGUAGACUAUUUAGUGCUUCAGCAAACAGGCAAAGCCAGGAACCUUUUUAGUGAAUUGUACACACCCAUGAUUUUUCUAAUAUUGUGAUUUUAAAACAUUAAAGACUAAUUUCGUAUCCUUUUGUAUACAAAUGAAUUUUCCAUAAAAUUUAAAGCUAUCAUAAUACUUUUAAUUACAGUGGUUCUAAAUUCAACAAAAAAAGAAAUUAAUGCUAUUUUAAAAAACUGAGUAGAAAAAUGAAAAACUCUAGAUUAGACUAGAAAAUGUCACCCAAUAUAUUUUACUUUGGUAUACGCGCAAGGUCCACUUUGAGAUUUCACCUUCUGUCUUCGCUGUCCCUCGGCAGGCGUGAGCCCCCGCUUGCAUUGCAUUAUUGCUGCAGUCAGUCCAUCACCUGUUGCUUUGCUCAAACUGCUUUGUUUAUAGAUUUUAAAUAAUUGGCAGAGUGAGAAAAACAUAAAAACCUGAUAAUGAAAGUGUAAAGAAUUUGUGCUUUUUUAUAACACCCUAUAAUGAGUAUUUCCCUUUUCCAGUUGGAGAGCAUUUUCCUGCCUUCGAGAAGCACAUGAAAUGUCCCUUUGGUACUGAAAAUGAAUUAGUGCCUGUCUUUGUAAUGAGUCCAAUUUUUUUCUUAGCUCAGCAGCUGCUUUUGCUGUGAACUUUUCUCCCCAUAUUUUAAAAUCAUUCAUAGGUCCUAAAUCCAAAUUCUUUUUUUCCAGCUUCAUUGAGGUAUAGUGGACAAAUAACGUUGUAAGAUAUUUGAAGCGUCCAUUGUGAUGACUUCACAUAUAUGUUGUGAAAGGAUUCCUCCAUCUAGUUAACUGAUUUCAAACUCUUAAAGUGCUGAUGUGUUGUUAAGAUAACCCAAGUCCAGAAGCCCUGUGUUAGGUAAACGUGUGCAAGCCGCUUCCCAGCAGGCAGGGCGUUCUGUGCUUUUCGUGAGAGCAAAUUAAUUGAAUUCACAUGAUAAGACUUAAAUUCUGUGGUCUCUGGUCUGCUGUCAUUGUGACUAUUUGCAUUUUUGUAAUAGUUUCUUAUUCUUUGACUUGUUUAAAGAUGUUUACCUCAAUAAAAUGAAAUGACUUAAAAUGGCUCUCUUUGUUAGACGUGAAUAUGGUUCUGAAAAACGUCCUCUUCGCCUGUGAGCGUGUGGGGAAACUGGAACCCUUGUGCCUGUGGGUGGGAAUGGAAAACGGUGCAGCUGCUGCGGACAACAGUAUGGCGGUGCUUCAAACAAUUACAAAUAGACUGACUGUUUGGUCUGGUUAUA